AUGGACGUCACUGCGGAUAUUAAAGUGCUGGUGGCGAUGCGGGACGACCAGCACUGCCGAGAAGCCCUAGACUGGACGAUUAAGGAGUUCGGAAAGCGCAAGGAUGCGAGCGUGUGUCUGCUCCUCACGCAUAUCGUGACGGAACUUCGCAAUACAGCGGGCAAGCUGGUGCGCCUAGGCGAGGCGGACAGCCCGAGCGUGGCGGUGCACAUAUGCGACCGCGUGCUGCCGUACCUCGAGAGCCUGCAGGACGUCAGCGACGACGCCGGGCUGCCGUCCACGGUGCACGUGAUCAAGAACGAGGACAAGGGAGGCGCCAUCCUCGAAGCCGCGCAGAAGCUGGAGGCGACACACAUCGUGCUGGCCAGCAUUCCCAACAAGCCCAUCGGCGAGUGGAAGACCAUCAACGUGUGCGCGAGGGAGGAGGUGCUGCCGCCCGGAGCGUCACUCUAUGUGGUGCAGAGUGGAAAGAAGCUCAAAACCGUGCAGAGCAAGGAGCAGGCGCCUGCUAAGCCCGUCCCUCCCCCAGCACGUGUGUUCCAUGGCACAGCGCUCAACAAGAAGCUGCCAGACAUCCAGGAGGGGGGCAGCGGCGUGCAGGAGGACGGAGAUGCACAGGGGGGCAGCGGGGCAGCGGACGGGGAAGGGGAAGGGGAGGCGGGAGGCAAGGAGGCCGCAGCAGAGGGGGGAGCGGAGGGGGAAGGGGCUGGGAAGGCGGAGGGCGGGGCGGCGGAGGGGGGAGGGGAGGGUGCGGGGAAGAACGAGGAGGGGCUGUCUGCUCUGGAGCUAGCUAGGCGAGCAUAUGCUGCUAAGGCCAAGGCUGCUGCAGGGGCAGGCGUUGGGGGUGGGUCUGGGGGCGCUGCAGCAGGUGGGGCAGCAGCAGCAGGAGGGGCGGCAGCGGCAGGGGGGGCGCCGGGAGGGGGAGUGCCGCCCAAGGACCGGCCGAGGAAGAAGAAACCAUCUGCUGGCGCCAAGGCCCGGCUUGAGAAGAAGAUGGCGGAGAGGGAGGGCUCCUCCGGCCGUAAAGUCCCCUCGGACAAGAACCCGCUCACGAGGCCGCUGCAGGUGGUGGAGCCAGCAGAGGGUGCGCGGCGGCAGCCGUUCAAAGAGUUCACCCUGGAGGAGCUGCAGGCCGCCAUCGAGCACUUCUGGCCCAACCACGUGUGCGGCGAGGGCAGCUACGGCGUGGUGUAUAAGGGCAUGAUUGACGGGCAGACCGUGGCUGUCAAGCAGCUCAAGAACCCCGACGUGAAGGCUGCUCUCGAUGAAAUCGACCGGGAGAUGGAGGUGCAGAAGCGCAUAGACCACCCCAACGCGGUGCGGCUGGUGGGGUACUGCAGGGAGGACCGAUCGCUGGUCUACGAGUUCAUGGCCAACGGCUCCCUCGAGGACCGCCUGCUCUGUAUCGGGGGCGUGCCUCCCCUCCAGUGGCCUGAACGCUGCCGCAUUGCUAUGGAGAUCGCGGCAGGGCUGCAGCACCUGCACACGCGCAAGCCGCCCAUCGUGCAUCGCGAUGUGAAGCCAGCCAACGUGCUGCUGGACGACCACUUCACCGCCAAGCUCGGCGACGUGGGGCUCGCCCGCCUCAUGGGCGACCUCGCCCCCGGCCACUCCCACGUCGUGCGGAAAUCAGUCAUUGUCGGGACGGAGCAUUAUGUCGAUCCUGAGUAUCUGUGCGCGAGGAGGGGGUACCUCGGGCCGAAAUCGGACGUGUAUUCGUUCGGGGUGGUGCUGCUGCAGAUGCUGGUUGGGGAGGUGCCGAACCUGAAGAGGAUCGACGCGAUGGUGGAAAAGGAGGAGUUGACAGUGGUGCUGGAUCCCAGGGCUGGUGAAUGGCCGCCGAACCUGGCGCUGGACCUCGCGAACCUGGGGCUGUGGUGCGCGGAAAUGGACCGCCGAGAUCGGCCGGAUCUGACGGAGGAGGUGAUUCCGGCGCUGAUGGAUAUCUGCGAGGCGGCGGCCGACGCGGUGGUGGAGUGGGAGGGGAAGCAGGAGGCCCAGAAGGAGAAGGAGCGGCUGGAGAAGGAGGAGAAGGAGAAGGCUGAGAAGGAGGCGAAAGAAAAGGCUGAGGAGGAGAAGAAGAAGAAGCAGCAGGCGGAAGAGGAAGCUGCUAGGAAGGCCAAGGAGGCGGCUGCUGGGGCUGGGGCGAGCGAGGCGGCGGCAGGGGGGAAGAAAGGGGCUGCAGCGGGGACGGCGGCGGCGCCUUCGAAUGAAGCGGCGAAGGGCGGAUGCUGUACCAUUUCGUAA